AUGAUAAAAAUUGAUUUAAUUGUUAUUGGUAAUCUAGGUAUUUGAUAUAUACAAGAUGAUUAGGGUCUGGUAAGACAAGUUUAAUACAAAGAUUCAUUGACUGUAAGAAUUAUCCUAUAAUUCAGAGGAUGCUCCAUUUUAGCAUAAUUAUCUUCCAACACUUGGCUUAAAUCUAGUCAAGAAGGAAUUCGACCAUCAAGGACAACAAAUCAAAUUAUGCAUAUGGGAUACAGCUGGAUAGGAUAAAUAUUUUAGUCUCACAAAAAGUAGGUUUAUGUUGUAAACAUGAAGGUUAUUUUUAAAGAGCUGACGGAGUCAUUAUGGUAUUUGACAUUGCAGAUAAAGACAGUUUCAAUCGUAUUAGUGAUUAUUGGAUUAAACAAGUCUAAGAAUGUUCGAAAGCAAAUNUGUUACUGUAAGUACACUAUCUGAUUUCUAUUCUGGAAUCACAACUGCUAUUGGAACUUUGAGAGGACCUCUUCAUGGAGGAGCCAAUGAAGCCGCUAUGCAAUACUUGGAACCUCUAAGAAGCAUACCAUAGGCAGAUCAAUUCUUGAAUAGCAGAUAUCAAAGUAAAUAAUUGAUUAUGGGUUUUGGACAUCGAGUAUAUAAGAAGGAGGAUCCAAGAUCUCCAAUCAUUAAAGAUUUUUCAUUAUAAUUAAGUAAGACAGCUAGUGGAGAUCCAACCUUAUUGGCUGUUUCAUAACACAUUGAGAAGAGAAUGAUUGAGGAGAAGAAGAUUUAUCCUAAUCUUGACUUUUACAGUGCCAGUGCUUAUAAACAAUGCGGGUAUGAUAUAAUUUGAAAAUUUAGAGUGCCAACUCCCAUGUUCACAGCAAUCUUUGUGAUUUCUAGAAUGACAGGCUGGGGAGGACAUAUCAUAGAGUAAAGAAGCAAUAACAAAUUGAUGAGACCUGUUUCAGAUUACACUGGACCUGCUAAGAAAUAAUUUGUACCAAUAGAAAUGAGAAAUAAUGCCAAUUUAUGA